UCGUGGAAAUUUUUGGGUGACCUACCAGUCCGUUCGCAGGGUGCAGCCCGCGUUGGAGAGGUCAUAUUUGGUGGGCUUCUCCGCCGUGUCUGCUCUGCUUUAAGACGCGGCCUGGAGUCAGGAACUCGGGUUAAUGGGAUUCGAUGUCAUCAUUGUCCCCAUCGCCAUCAUAAUAUCCGGCUUUAAGUGAGCGUGCUGUUAUUGCUACAUGUUCGAGAGGGCAACGUCGGCUUGUUUGUGCUUCUGAAGUUUCUCUGUUGCAGAGCUGUUGCGCUUCGGUAGUUUUUGUUAGAAGCAAAGGGGUGUAGUGUUUCGUUGUCGUCCUUUUGCGAUGUCGUGAUUGUUUGGGUUAGUUGGGACUUUGCGAUGGAGGUUUAACCAGUUUUGAGAGUAGUCGGUGAGGAUGUUCGAUAGCGGUGGUUGUGUUUCUCUCAUAAAGAGAGUCAAGGAUUCAUAGAAUUUGACGACAGGGAUUUCCAAGGGAUUUCCGAGGCAGCGAAGAUGCCAGGACUCGUGACCAUGAAGCCUUUAGGGCCUAUGUCGAAGGCUAAGAGCGCGAGCUCUAAGGCCUUGGCCUUGGCAAAGGACAUGGAGGACCAGGGGUUAGGGGCUUUGCAGUCGCAGGUGCGGAUGUCGCCGUCGAAGAAGGGUCGUCGCCCCACAGAUUUGCAGGCUGUCGGGCGCUUAACUAGGUCUAAUCGCACGAAAAAUCUCAGGAUGAAGCUUCUCGGUGAAGAACGAGACGUGGAGUCCACGGUCGACCCGCUCGAGGAUGUGAAAAGUGAGAGCGAAAGGGAAUCCGAGCCUAGCUCUGAAUGCUUAGCCGCUAUGGUUGAGGAGUUUUUGGAAAGUGAAAUUAAUGAGAAAUAUAGUCGUGGUCGGUCGCCACGUAAUUCUGACGAUAGAUCAUCUUGGACCAGUAGUGCCGAUGAAGAUACCCCUCCAUCUCUUGUUGCCGAUCUUUAUGUAUAUUUGCAGUACGUUUGCUCAAAGGAGCGAAUCCUGCUGGACGAGGUUUCUAAGGUGGUUGUAGCUGCCAAACAAGAUGGAGGUGAUAUGUCUGAACUUAGACACCAGGUUAUGAAGCACCUGCGUCGGGCUGGCUAUAAUGCUGGUAUUUGCAAGUCCAAGUGGGAUUAUUUGGGAGGGAUUCCGGGUUGUGACUACGAGUACGUUGAUGUCAUCUACGAAGGGCCCUCGACUGGAGAGGAUGGUGAGAGGAUUAUAAUAGAUAUCGAUUUUAAAGCACAGUUUGAGAUUGCUCGCCCAACUGCCGGUUACGAUGCACUAGUUCGAGUUCUGCCGUCGGUUUUUGUUGGCAAGGUUGAUCAGCUUGAUUGGAUCAUCAACCUUAUGUGUGAUGCUGUUAAACUGUCAUUGAAGAAGCGAGGGAUGCACUUACCACCAUGGCGGAAACCUGAGUACAUGAGAGCUAAGUGGUUUUCCGACCAUAAGCGAAAAGCCAACGAUACCACGCUCAAACGUAUUGGAGAAGGGGAAGACCCACCUUCUAAUCCUCAUCCAUGCAAAAGUGGGGUACUUCUGCAAUCAUCAGGAUGCAAUCCAACGCAGAAGCCAGAACCUGUGGAGAAACACGCUACGAAAGGUUCUACCGCAGGAGCUAUUCGCAACGAUGACUGGCAACCUCCAAUGCUGAAACCGAGGAAGUCACAAGGACCUGGACAUGCUGGGCUCGCAUCCUUGUUCAAGACAACAAGUCUCUCCACUCCGAUGAACCAUGCGAUCAGGGACCAAGGUCUAGACCGGAAGUCUUUUCUGGCGGCAGCAGCCUCAUGAUAAGUGGCUCUGUUUCCCUCUGCAAAUCUGCUUAUCACGAGUUUUGAUACACAAUUUUGUUUCUUUUUCUUUUCUUGUCUUUUUUAUAUAUAAUUUUUACUGUACCAUACGCCUCCUGCUUGAGUACACUUCAACAGCUGUUGGUGUGCGAGGCUGUUACACACAUUCAUAUCAGAAGUCGACUAGUUUCAUGGAGGCUACGGCGUUGAGUUAGUAAUUUGUGCGAGAGUUUUCGGAACAGAUGCAGGCUACACAUGCAAUGAGAUGGCUAGUCCUUCCACACAUGAGUAUAUCCUGGUAGAGACGUAGUUACACAAGUAUUUGGUGCCUCCACUAGAGAUCAAGGAUGGAGCACUUGGUUUUAGUCAUUCAUUACAGUUUUGUAUUCCAUUUUGGUAGUGCGAGCAAGCGUGUAGAGUAUGAUACAAUUUGAUAUGUGGGUGUUGCCACACGCGAUUUCUUUCUUUAAUGAAGUGAGCGACUAAUGCUCUGAGUUUUACCA